AUGCUGUCGUUUACCGGCUGCAGCCACAACCUGUCUGCGGCGGAGGCGGAAGAGCUGAGAGUGAUGAGGUACAGCGUGAGGCACUGGAAGGAGAAGGACAUCAACAGCAGGGAGAAGCGAGUCCAAGGAGGGUGUCCGAUGACACCGCGCGAAGCCGCCAUGUUCCUCAAGGCAAUGGGCUACCCUUUCGCCACCAGCAUCUACAUCGUGGCCGGAGAAAUCUACGGCGCCAACAGCAUGGGCGCGUUGAAAGCAGAGUACCCCAACAUCCACACCCACCGCAGCUUGGCAUCCGCCGAGGAAUUGGCGCCGCUGCAGAUGUACCAGAACAGACUUGCCGCCCUCGACCACAUCGUCGCCCUCAGGAGCGACGUGUUCGUGUACACCUACGACGGCAACAUGGCCAAAGCAGUGCAGGGGCAUCGAAGGUUGGCGGGGUUUCGGAAGACCAUCAACCCGGACAGGUACGCGAUGCCGUUCUGCUCCAUGAUUUCGCCACCGAGCAGCUGUCUUCAACCAGCAAAUGUCUUCUCAGGCAGAGGCUAG